UUCAGCUGUCAAUGGGGUCAAUCGCCAGCACAGCUGCUAAAUAAUUUUUCUAAUUGGAAGUUUUUAGCAAAAUCUCACAAAAGGAAUUGUUACAAUGGUGAUACAACAAUUCAAGGCUUUACUGCUAACUAUUAUAAAAUUGUUUAGGCGUGUGCUCUGUUGUUUUUCUUUUGGACGGCGACGUAAGGCGAGUUUUUCAGAGCCCGUGGAAAUAAAAAUCAUUGUUGACAGAGGGCAAGAGACGUUGCCGGUGGGAACGCAGUCGCCUAAUUCCAGCCGCUUACAGCAAACAAAUCUAGUGGACAGGGAUUGGAAUUCUUGGGAUGACAGCCCGCGCACCGUUACGGAACAUAUCGAACAGUAUCGGCAGCGAUUAGCUAAACCGCCAACGCCGCCACCUGCAGAGCCAGAACCAGAUUUCUUUACUGAAUUAGAGCCCGUCAUAAAACCACAACCGAAAUAUUACCUCGGUGAUGAUAAUACUGAUAAGGCGAACUUCUCCAGAUUAGAAGCGACAACCGAUGUGCCAAUAGCAAUGAAUGCGGAUCUUGAAGACUGGGUAGACGAAUCUGUUGAUGGUGGAUGGGAUGAGUUGGAUACAGAGCAAACUAAACAGCUGAUACGCGAAAAACGUCGUGAAAUGCGUCAACAACGCCAACAGAAAAUGUCGAAAACUGCCGGAAUUGAUACCUCACAACAGAGACCUGGCGUCCAGCAUACGCGUACAUAGUAUAUGUGGAUGCCACCACAAUACAAGGAUAAACAAUUUAAACAUUUGUAGUAAACUUCGGUAAAAUAUUAAUUUUGUUAUAUUUAUGUAUACUUGCAAACACCUGUGUAAAUACACUAAAGGUAGGUAAACACAACUACACAAACAGUUAAUGUGGUUGCAUUCGUGUUUAUACAUUUAUAUAUACAUGUGUGUAUGUGUACAUGAACUAAUUUUUGUUUUAGCAAAAUUAGAAUUUUUUUUGGAAUUCAGCUUAGAUAAUUCUGUACUUAUUGUUGUAAAAUUAUGCUUAAAGAAUUGUAAUGUAAGGAUUUGAAAAUUUGCUAAAUUGCAUUCCUUUAAAAAUAUACUCAAAGGUAUAUGACUUGCUAACAUACUAUAUAUUGCUUAAAUCGAUGUUUAUCCUAUUUAGAUGUAUAUGUCUUUCAUUGCUGUAGUCCAUUAACGCAUAUUGUGUAAAAUUAUUUAUUUAAGCUCAGCGUAAAAAUUUGUUUUAUUACAUUUCAGCUGUAUGUUAUAAAAGUUUGUAACUUAAAUAUUAGGCUAAAUAAAAAUUUUAAUAUAUUUAAGAGAAA